UGUUGCAGUGAACUUAUUUCAUUUGUGUCAUGUUGGAGUGGCGAUGCGGGGUAUCCCUGACAUGUUUAUUGGCGGUUGAGGUGGCAGGUGGCAGGCCGAGGGUUGGUGCAUUCACGUUUACCGAACUAGGUGCACACGUUCGCGCCUCAGUUUGCUGCAAGAGACGAAUACACCAAUUGUUCUGAACAAAAAUGGGCAGAUGGGCCGCAUUGUUUGAACACUGUCGCUGCUGCGUGAAACGCUAUUUUUUGUUUCAACAAGGUUUUGACCUCGUUCACGCCAUAUGCCCUGGAGCUGCAAACCAAGCAUGCAGCAAACUGACAAGAUUUGAGAAGUCAAACAAGAUCUGCACUGUUUGCUCCUGCGCACUGCACAGUUACCCAGUGGGUUCGCAGGUGCCCUCCAGCUCCCACCUACGAGCUUCAAGCGCUUGUGAAGGCCAGUGAAAAGGCCAACGAUGCCAUUGUCCUUGCACAAGACAUGGGGGCUGAGAAAGCUGCUCGGCUUGCCAAACGAGCUGUGGACCACAUCAGCCAGGUGAAAGGCUGGUUCACUUACUACGUCUAUAGGGUCUACACAGAUUUGCAAGACGAUAUCCACCAAGCGCGCUUCGACAUGGAACAGGCUGCGCAAAGUGCUUACAAUGAUGCGCCGGGAUCCCGAGCAGGAAAUUUGCUUUCAUGCGCCGUGGAUGACCUUUUGCCCUUUGACCCAAUGCCCAACAUCCAUCCCAUGGACCAUCGGCUGAGUUGCAUGCCAUGCGUGUCGCUGUUCCCAGGUUGUUUGCCAAAAUCCAGGCGACAAAGGGCUGCAACAUGUUUCCUGUGAAAAGUGCGCUGGACAGAACUCUUUUGUUAGAGAUUUGCACAUUUGGGGAUGCACUUUCAUUUCUCAACCAGACUCAAACUCGUACUUGAGGUCUGGAGAAAGAACAGUCAAGCAAUGGUUCAGCGAGUCGGA